AUGCGCCCAAAGGCGAGCUUUCUGGUGGCGCAGCAUCGCCAUUUCUGCACUCGGGCCCCAUCCCUUCCCUUUGUCUGUGAUUUACACGAAACCUUGACUGGUCUACAAUUAAAAGGAGCAGAAGAAGCAGCUCAUAGAUAUCGCGAAAGCCUCUACGUGCGGAACAACUCGGCGUUGGCCGUCAUUGUAGGCAAGUUAUUGGGUGUCCCAUCCAGAAACAUCGAGCAGCCAUGGCGAGCCUCCGAUGUAUACGAGAAAGAGGAGAUGGCUUGUUUGCAUACGAGUCAAUGUCUCACCCAGGAUAUGAUCAACGGGUUCAUCGUCAACUCAAAAGCUUUCCUGAAAAUCUGGGUCUGGAAGCUGUAUCAACGGUGGUUUCCCAAUACCUCGGAGACAUGCCAGAGCGGUGACACACCAAAUGUGAUGAUUCUGAUUUUGAUCGACGGGAUCGCGAAUGACGCGCGAAAAAUACCAUACGUUAAAGUAUAUUCAGAAAAUAAAGCACUCUCAAAUUAUUUGAAGAAUGUUGAAAUUGAAAUAUUCAACUCGUUGGUGCAAAACUGGGAAAUGCCACGAGUAUUGGAACAUUUAAUAGACGACCUCGGAUAUUACAUGAGAGAAUUUAACCUACACGGCGGUGAGCAUAAGGACCACUCGGUCCCCGAAUGGGCUCGCCAACUCUUCAUCCUCUGCGCUGCCCUUGUGGUUUUUGCCCUCAUCAUCGAAUGGUACGUCGUCCGCCGUAAGCUCGCCAUCAAGAAAAGUGCCUCUGGGAUCAAAAUUACCGUCGGGAAAAGCAAAACGCACAUGAUGUUU